UAUAUCUACUGAAAACCAUCAUGUUAGAGAGAAUUUAGGUUCAACUAAAGGGAUCGAAGCCAUUUCGUUUCGUUCCUCAAAACGAUUUCAAAUCUAUUCUUUUCGUGUUAUUUCAACGUAUGAAAUACUUAGAGAAAUGCUGUAUAAUUUGUGAAAUAUUUAGUGAUUGUGAAGUGAUUGUUAAUGUCGUCGCCAUAGUUGAGGCAAUCGCUUUAUCCACGAAGUCAUUGCUGUUAUUGUACGUAUUUCUCAGGGUGUACAAGAUGUAUGAAAUAGCUGUCAACGAAUCAGUUGAUCGUCAAAACUUAUAACUUUUCUAUAAUGCUAAUUCCUUGCAAUGGCUCAAUACUACCAAAUAGUUGGGCAAGGACAUUCAUUGACACUUGAGGAUUUGCAAAGAUAUUGCCCAAAUUUAAUAUGUUCCGAUGGAAUAAUAGUAAAUCAAGAUGAUCAACAAUAUCCACAACAGCAGGUGGUAGUACAACAAACAGAUCAACCUAAUGACAUAAUUGUGAGUGAUUCUGUACAACCUCAAUUACAAUUGGUUGGAGAUGGAUUACAAUAUCAACAACAAUAUAUUAUCCGCCAUGAUCCACCAUCUCAAGCUCCUCGUGCAGACUUCCAACAACAACAACAACAGCAGCAGCAGCAGCAACAACAACAACAGCAACAACAACAACAGCAGCAGCAGCAACAACAACAACAGCAACAUCAACAACAAGCUUUACAUAGACAUCAGGUUUACUACACAUCUGAUUUACCUAUGGAUGCACAGGUUGUCUUGCAACAGGCUCAACAGAUCAUUGAUGCAUCACAGCGGCCCCAACAUUUGGUGAGUCCUGCGCAUGUUUUAUCUCAGCCCACUGUCAUUCAUCCUGCGCAACAACCCCCACCACAACCACCACCUCCACAGCAACCAGCCCAACAUGGACCGCCACAAACUCCGCCACAACUUAUGCAGCAUCUACAACAACAGCAUCAACAACAAAUUCACUUGCAGCAACUUCAACAACAACAGCAGCAGCAACAGCAACUGCAACAUCAAUUACAACAGCAACAACAACAUCAACAGCACUUACAGUCUCAACAGAUACAACCACAACAAAUACAACAUCAAAUUGUGAUGCAUGCAGCUUAUGUUAAUCAGACCGGUACUCCAACAAGACCGGCUCAGCCCAGAUUGCUUAAUCAAUCGCUUAACACGCCGGCUGGGGUAACGCUAGUUCGGACAGCAAACCGAGCUGUCCGUCCUCGUCGCCCCGCAAUGCGAUCGCCGAUGCCCACUCCGCCUCUACAAGUGCCGCCAAGACUUCUCAAUGCUCAACACCAACAGGCAACACUCAACGCAUCGGUGGCGGGCAACGGUCGCGGCCUGGCCACGAACGGCGCGGUGGGGGGCGCGGGGGCGGGCGCGGUGCGCGGCGCGCGGCCGGCGCGUCCCGGCUCCCCGCGCGUGCUCAACCCGCACGCCGCGCACGCGCAGCACCGCCCUCCCCGACCGCGCACACCUUUGCUGCAGUCACAGCAACAACAGCAGCAGCAGCAACAACUUCAACAGCACCAGCUUGCACAACAUGUCAUCAAUCAUCCACAGCAAAUCCAGCAACUUAACCAACUGAAACUCACGACGCAACAGCAACAGAUUUUGUUAAAUCAACAAAAUCAACAGCACUCACAACAGCCCGCACGUAUAAUAACACCCCAAGGUACCAUAGUAACCCAAGCCUUACAAACUACAAUGUCUCAACAUCACACUGUACAAACGAGUAUAAGCAAUGGACCUCUACCUCUACCUCAGCAAAACGCUAUAAAUUCGACGCCACUUCGGGUUUCCCCCCAUCCCCAACAAGUACAACAAGUUAAAAAAGUUGCCGUACAACCUAACAAUGCCAGUGAUAUGGAUGAUCUUGAGGAAAGUAUAACAGCGGCGAUAGUUCAGAAAAAUCCCGUUACAGAAAAUAUUAACCCACCACAGCAGUUUCAAACCCCAUCUCCUUUACGACAGACUCACACUGGAAGGCUUACUCCGGGUCCAAUUGGCGCUGGAGUCUCUCAACAACACCAAAUUAGUUUUAGUCCCCAACAUGGUUUCCAGCCACAACAGUUAGCUUUUGAAAAUUCGCACAUGCAACAACAACCCCCCCAAGCAAUAAACCAAUUAUUAAUGGAGCCAGAUAACCCCGAAGAGGAACGACAAUUUAUAACUUUAACUAAUGGUCAAAGAAUGUCCGUAGCCGAAUAUAGACGAAUGCACUCAUCGCGCGUUUUAUCACAACAGCAGCAGCAGCAACAACAACAACAACAGCAAACAAGGUCAGAUUUAAUUGGACGUCAAACAUUAGUAAGAAGUAAAGAACAACAAAGACCAGUUCAAAGAGUGCCUCCCAUGCAAACGCAGCAACAACCAAACCAUCUUGCAGAAGGCAGUGAAUCAGGAAGCGGACCUUCAGAGCAAACAUUUGAGACACAGUCAGCGAAAAUGUUAAUUUUCUUACAAAAUGGGGAACAAAGGCUUAUCACCUUCACAUUACCUAAAGAGAGUUGUACUCUUCAAGAGGUUCUGGAACAGGUCAAUGUUCCUUUCACUGAAGACACUAAUAUACAAUGUAUGCAAAAUACUAGUAGUGAAAUAGAUUAUUUUGUAUCAGUAGGUUCCACAACGAGAAUUGAAGAGAUGUUAGAAAAUCAUCCAAUGUUUGUUGGAGAUAUGAGUAGUAGAAGUUCACCAAAUGCUUUAUCACAACCUCAUAGUAGUGAAAUGUCUACGCCUGAAAAAGGACCAUGUCCAGAAAAUGUAAAUAAUAGCCCCGAAUCUCCCGAGCAGCGCUCGCCUCCUCCACGCUUUGUGAAUGGCAUGUUGGCAGUUUGCAAAUCUUGUGGCUACACAGGGUUUGACUUUAGCCGCUGUGAAAGGUGUAAAAGAGUAUUUACAGAAGAGCCUAAAAGUGUACCAAUAGCCAGUAAGAAAGUAGAACAAAAGAAAAAGGAACCUGAAAAAUCAAUAUUAGAUAAACAAAUUGCCUCAGGAGAAAGUAUUAAAUUAAAUUUAUUGAAAACAACAGUUAAAACUAUAAAUAAUAAAACGGUGGCAGACAAAAAACCUUCAAGAGUUCGGAAACCAAGAGGCAAACAGCCUGAUCCCGAACUAGUCAUAUUGACAUUGAGUUCAGAUGAAGAAGAUUCAAAUAGUUCAGUAUCAAAUAAUCAGCACGAGCAGUCAAUAAAUAUGAAAGAACCUUCAUUAAGUGAAAUCGAAGGAGGGACUCCAGACAGCGGUAUUGGUAUCGACAAUAUGGAUGAUGAAAGUAGAGAAGUAAAUUUUAACAGCUUACAAAGUGUUGAAGCUUUUCUUAAUUGCCGAACAAUUAGAAUAGGUUCAUACAGAUAUACACCAAAAGAAAAGGUACACAUAUCAACAAGGGGUAUUAAAAUUGUUGCACCUUCAUUAAAGUAUGAAUCAAGAGAGAUUGCACUGCAAAUACCAUUCAAGGAAGUUGUUAGAAUAUUAGUACAUUUCGGAAAAGGGUUACCUGUAAUUUUUUUGUACACAAUGAACAAAUGUGGUGUUUCAAUUAGAAAAGCAUUAGAUAUGGUUGAAGAAUCAGGUCUUUUCUACAAUCCCAUGUCAAAAGAAGACCCAUAUAAAAGAAUAACUUUAUUACCGGAAAUAAUAUCAGACGAAGCAAAAGCUGCAUUAAAAGAGUUGUUUGGUAAGGUAAUGGAUGAAUUAAAUGUAAGGGAAGCAAAUGAAAUUUUAGUGAGAACCUGUCCUAAGGAGACCAAUAAUGUCCAAAAAAUUACAACUAGAUCCUUGAGUGCUUCCAUACCUUCAGGAGCUAAGAGUUCCAACCCAGCUGAAAUCCGCCAAAUUCUUAUUUAUCCUCCUGGCAAAGGUGGAAUUCCAAUAAAUACAGAGGAUUACAUGUGCCUAGCUCAAGAUCAAUUCUUGAAUGAUGUUAUAAUUGAUUUUUAUUUAAAACAUUUAGUACAUGAUAUCUUAACACAUAGUCAGAGAGAAAAGACUCAUAUUUUUAGUACAUUUUUUUAUAAAAGGCUUACAACUAAACCAAGCAAAGUGAAUAAAAGUUCCAAUCCUCAUGAAUGGGAUAGCAGUUUAACACCUGCUCAAAAACGGCACGCUAGAGUCAAGACUUGGACAAAAAAUGUUAACAUAUUUGAGAAAGAUUUUAUUGUAGUUCCUAUUAAUGAGAAUUGUCAUUGGUUUGUGGCUAUCAUUUGUUAUCCAAGUUUAGAUGGAUGCAGAAGUAUGAUUGACAACAGAACAGUGACACCGCAAGAAAUUAAAAGAAAAGAACGCAGAUCCUCAAUGCAAAUAGGCAGCACAACAAUCACACCACUAACAAAGCAGGAACAGCUUACAUUAAGUUGUGACUCUGAUAACCUUAGUGAGCGUGAUGAAGCAGAAGCUGAGGAAAGUGAUUUAGACAUGCAGUGUGAUUCAGAUGAGGAAGAAACAGAGAAAGCCCAAGUUGAGAAAAAGCCUGAAAUACAAAUACCUGUGAUUAGAAAAAAUGAACCAAUUAAACAACCCUGUAUUCUUAUAUUUGACUCAUUAGCUGGUGCUUCUCGAUCAAGAGUUGUAGCAACAUUGCGGGAUUAUUUAACUUGUGAAUAUCAGGCAAAGAUCUCUAAACACAAAGUAUUUAACAAAGAUAAUAUUAAAGGGAGUUGUCCAAAAAUUCCACAACAAAAUAAUUUUACAGAUUGUGGAUUGUAUUUAUUACAAUAUGUUGAACAUUUUUUUAAGGUUCCCAUUCUGGAUUAUACACUGCCAAUUAAACAAUUAGCUAACUGGUUUGAUGAGAUUGUAGUGACACGAAAAAGAGAGGAGAUUUCAAAUUUAUUAAAACUUUUAAUGCACAAAUAUAACCCAGAUUCGCAUUUAAAUUUACCAGACAUUACAUUCCCUACGUUAAAUGGUAAACUAAUUGAAACGGAAGAACAACCAGAAGAUGGCACUGAUGGUGAAAAAGGAACCACUAGUAUAAAACUUCACAAAUGUGAUAUAAAAGAAUCUGACGGAGCUACAAUUACCUUUUUGAAACAAACAUCAACUGGUGAAAUAUUAGUAAAACGAAAUUUUGUUGACACUUCAGACACAAUUCAUGUCCGAAAAACUAUUCGACUUUCUAGUGAUAAUGAAAAUAGAUCUGUGAUGCAAAUAAAACCAGACUUUGUAAAGAAGAGUGACAAUGAAAAUCAAAUUCUUAUACCUAUUAAAUUACACACUAGUGAUUUGGUUAAAGACAUUCAAAAUACUUUAAUAGUAAAUAAAAGUAAGAACUUCAGUGAUAAAAAAUAUGGUGUACAUAAUCAAAAUGUAUCCAAUGUGAACUGUGUUCGACAAAAUGUUAGUGAAAGUGACAGUACUUCAUUUCUCAAAAUGAGAAGAUUAAAUAAAUUGGAAGAUGUGGUGACUGAAUCAAACAAAAAAUUUAAAAGAAAUGAAUGUUAACACUGUUGCCUGUCCAUUUAUCCAAUAUAUUAAAUUAUUAUUAAUUUAAUAAAGUGUAUAGUUGUUUCAAGGAUUUGUAAAUAUUA